AUGGCUUCCAUGAUUAGGAAAAAUUCAGACAGCAAACAAAAUGUGGCGAUGAGCUGCAGAAGUGAAAAGGAAAUAGAUACCGUUAACCUGUGCGUGAAGAAUACACCGGAGAACGUGACCGAUCACACGGGGACUCCAAAUGGGAAUGGCAAAGCGUGCGGCCGAAAAGCAGAGGCCUACCUGAGCCAAAGAAUAACGCACACAAGGAAGGUUAAGCUGAAAAGAAAGAGUACGUUGGACAGCUUAGGUAUCAAAAGGAAACUCGAGAAUGAAGAGAAAUGCGUCGUCAAAAAAGAAUUGAAAAUAGCAGAACAUCCAGAUCCUUCAGCUGGUCAGUCCCUCACUCGAGUCCCACUGAAAAGUGUGAUGGACGUUGAAAUGAAGCUCGUCUAUGUUGAUGAACAAGAAAUAACCUACGAGUUUGCAGAACCCCAAGAAUAUGGACCUACGCAGUCAGCAUAUGAGACCUCUAAACCCGGAGAUCCUAUGACUGCCUGCGCUUUGAAUUUCGCACCUCAAAUGGACAAAUGGCUUGCCAAAGCUUUAAAAGAUGCAAGUUUCUACUAUCACCAGAAGAAGUACUCCGUGGCGGCAGGAAGAUUCAGAACUGCGUUAGAGCUGUGCAGUAAAGGGGCAGUUCUGGGAAACCCAUUUUAUGCAUCUUAUGAGAAGAUUUCGAGCAUUGCCAGUUUUAUUGAGACGAAGCUGGUGACCUGCUACCUACGAAUGAGAAGACCAGACUUGGCUCUCAACCAUGCUCACAGGAGCAUACUGCUGAAUCCAAUUAACUUCCGGAACCAUCUUCGCCAAGCUGUCGUGUUCCGCUGUUUGGAACGCUACACUGAAGCUGCGAGGAGUGCUAUGAUUGCUGACUACAUUUAUUGGCUGCAUGGAGCGAAGGAACAGAACAUCAGCAAACAUGUCAAACUUUAUUGGCAGGCAAUGUUAGAAGAGGGCAUUACUCAAGCUGAAACAUUUUCAGUUAUGUACACACCGUUUGCAGGGAAGCCAACCGCUGCCCAAAUAGAAAAGAUAAAAGAGGUUUUCAGGAAGAAACACCCAGCUUACGCCAACUAUCUAUAUGCAGACCCUGGCAUCAGUCAUAUCCUGCCUCAGACUGUCGACUGGUCUGAAAUCUUCCCACAACGCUACAUGCUGCUACUUGGCUUCAAGAACCCUGAGGAUGGCACCUUCUUAGAAAAGAUUGUAAGCCGCAGGUCACCAACAUUCACAGAGUAUAAAACGCCCUUUUGGUCACUUACUAUAAAAGAAGUCGAGAAGAACAUGGAUAUCCUUGGGCGGAGGAUUCUGCCAGUUUUAGAUUUUAUAACGUGCACUAAACUAGCCGGGGGAAUUUGCCCGGGAGCAGGUGUGAUUGAGAAACUACAGUAUGCCAGUUACCUGAGUCAACUGAAGCGUAUGAAGGAGCAAGCGCAAGUGAUCAACCAGACUAUUGCAGAACUUGCCACCAUGCCCUAUCUACAAGAGAUGAGUCAACAUGAAAUUGAACUGCUGCAUUCACUGAUGACAGAUGCCAUCGACACCCUUGAAGGAAACCGCAACAACGCAGAAUGCGUUUGGAAUAAAACCGAAAAGGUUGGGCUAAUUGAGGAUCUCAUCUAUCAAUUGGAAGAUAACUUUUUGAAGUCGAAAGCCCUGAAAACUGCUCGUAAACAAAGAAGAGAAGUGAAGAAACUAAAGAGUCAGAAGUUGGUCUUGAUGCCUGGGGAUCUGAAGGCAGGCAGAGAUACGGCGAGGUCCGGAGGAAGGACAGUGAUACACACUCAGGCCGACAGGAGAGAUAACAAAAUCUCAUCUUCAAAUUAACCAAGCAUCACUUGAGAAAGGUCUUGUUUUUUUGCCCAGUGCCUGGCCUCAUUUCAUUACCUCC